ACAGUUUGGAAAUGUUAUUGAGUGCUGUCAUAUCUGGGGUUUUUUCCUGAUGAGAAUUUGUUAUUGUUUUUCUUUAACGUUUGUAACUUUGCUGGUUUCUCUCCUCAGGCCUGCAGUAAAGGAACGCCUACGCCACCACACACCUUUUCUUCUGCAUGUGGCACACCCUGCAGAAGUUGCCUAACCUGCCUGGAAUGCGGCAUCAGUUAGAAUAGGAGGGGCGGUUGGACUCAAAUACACGACUCAUUUCAGACACACUGUAAGAGGAGACAAAUUGUAUGAACCAUAUGCUGAGUUUUAGGUUAUAGGCCAAGCGCAAUUCCCAGUGUCACAGAUGGAACCCAGAAAAUCUGCUGGCACCUCAAGAACUGCCAGGCAAAGACGCUGGUGGCAUCUGAGACAGAGAUGGAGGAUGAUUGGGUUGUUUGAGAUCAACCAGGAGCACGAGUUCUACUAUCUGACAUCCAUGAUAAAAGAAGGAAUUCAUGCUGCCAUCCAGACCAAUAUGGACACAACAGGCCUGGACACGUUUUCAACUGAUGAUUUCAAGGCAGUGGAAACUCAAACCCACGAGGGGUUUGAGAUGCAGACAUUUGCAGCAUCUGUGUUUGCAAAACUGAGGCGUGAACUGGACAUCACAGAGGAGGAAUAUAAGGACUCCCUCUGCUCAGCCGGCUGCUACCUCCAGUUUGUCAGCAACUCCAAGAGCAAGGCAGAUUUCUUUGUCACGAAUGACAAGAGAUUCUUCCUAAAGACCCAGAGCAGGCAUGAGAUCCAGUUUCUCCUGUCCAAUCUGCCGACAUAUGUGGACCACUUGGAGAAAUUCCCUCAUUCACUGAUGGUGAGGUUUUUAGGUGUCCACAGGAUUGUUAUUCCAAAUGAAAUAAAGAAGUACUUCAUUGUGAUGCAGAGUGUGUUUUACCCCGAUGAGAGGAUCAAUAUUAGAUAUGACAUUAAGGGCUGUGAAGUGGGAAGAUGGACCAACCCUGAUACAGGGGGCAAACGAAUAAUCAAAGUGCUGAAGGACAAUAACUUCGAAGGGCAGCACAUUGAAUUAGGUCAAGAAAAAACGUGGUUUCUCCAACAAGUGCAAGCAGAUGCUGAAUACCUUCAAGGACUCAACGUGCUGGACUAUAGUCUCCUGCUGGCCCAUCAACCUCUGCACCGCGAUGAGCAGGAAGGGAAACACUCUUUGGCAAACCUUGUUAUUCGUACCACAAAGUCUCUGGACUUCGAUGACAGUCCCACAAUGCCAGACCCCCCCACUGUUCCAUUACUGAAAGAGACCAUGGACGAGGAAGCACCAACUACUUCAGGCCAUGGGUUAGGCCAGCCGCAGGCAGAGGCCGAGGGCACCAGUGAAGGAAUCCCCCUCCAGGAGAUAAAGUCCCCUAAAAUAACCAGGACUGACUCAGAACUGCAGGAAUUCCAUGAGCAUCAUCGUAGGCUUCUGCCCAACUGCAAAAAUGCCAUUCAUGUUGUAGAUGGGCCAGAACGUCGCUACUUUGUCGGCAUUAUAGACAUAUUCACCGUCUAUGGCUGGAAAAAGAAACUGGAGAACCUGUGGAAAAACCUCCGCUACCCAGGCAGGGCCUUUUCCACAGUCACCCCCUCCAAAUAUUCACGCAGAUUCUGCAAGUGGAUACAGGAGCACUCUCAGUAAGAAAAUGCAGAACACAUUCAACACUUAUUUACAGUGCAUCAAUGUAUAACCCCCAGUGUCCACAAGAUGGGGCUGUGUUUUAUUCUGGCUCUGGUGAUUAUGCAUCUCGUGGACAUCUGUGGUAUAACUGUAACUGGUCAAUGUGUGUCAAGUGUUAAUGCUGAUAAUGACUGCCCUCAUGUUUGUAUAGAUGCCUUCUGUACAAUGUCAGAGUCAGCUUGUGGCAUAUAGUGUAUAUAUAUAUAUAUAUAUGUACACAUAAUAACUAUAUAUAUAUAAUAUAUAAAAAUAAAUAAAUGCUAGGGGUAAUAGGUUUUUAUGUGGGCUGGACUGAAUUAAUAAAUAGACAAAUCACUAAAACAAAUACACAAAAACACUGAUAUGUGCAGGUUGUGAAGAAGCACUGCCCAUAUCAUCACUCAACUGUCUUUCCCGUUGAUAUACAAUUGUAUGUUGUACAAUGUGAAAUACACAUAAAAAUAAAACUUUAAUAACCUUUAA